AUGGGUAAUAAACCGGCUGGCAAAACUAGCUCGACAGAAUUAACUGCAAAACAUAUUGCUUUACUCAAAGCAAAUACGAAAUAUUCUGAACAAGAAAUACGACAAUGGCAUGCAGGAUUUAUUCGUGAUUGUCCUAAUGGCAAACUUGACAAGAAGAAAUUUGCCGAAGUUUACAAACAAUUCUAUCCAGCUGGAAAAGCAGACAAUUUUUGCAAAUAUGCUUUUGAUACAUUUGAUACCAAUAAUGAUGGUACAAUUGAUUUUGAAGAAUUUCUUUUAGCUAUUUCAGCUACAAGUCAGGGUAAUCUUGAUGAUCGUCUUGCCGUUGCUUUUGAUAUGUAUGAUAUUUCGGGUGAUGGACAAAUUGAUAAAGGAGAAUUGACGAAAUUGAUUACUGCUAUGUAUGAUCUUGUUGGUGAAGCUAAUCGUAAAGGUGAUAAUGAUCCAAAGAAACGUGCUGCAGAUAUUAUUGGAAAAAUUGAUGUUAGUGGUGACAAGAAAUUAAGUAAACACGAAUUCAUUGCUGGAUGCAAGAAUGAUCCUGUUAUUCGUCGAAUGCUUGCUCCUAACGUUUAA